CAGCCCAAACGAUUAAAGCGGGAGUUUGCUUGUAUUCCGUGCGCCGUGAUUGGGUCUCCAACGGCCUGCGUGGGUACUGUCGGCUCACACGUCACAAGGGCAAAAACUCCGUUGCAUGUUCUUGGCGGUUCAGAGGCUCCCAAGCUCCAUCACCAGAAAACCAGAUCCACCAAACAACCCAUCUUUGACCUGCGAGCUUCGGAGGUAUCGCCGCCAAAAUACAGAACUUGGCCUAAAGUUUCACCACCACACCGACAUCGCAACCGGGGAGAACAACUGUGACCAGCGCCAUGUCGGGAUGUCGGGGUCAUUUCUGGCUCGAAACUGCCACUCCCGUCUUAUCACCACCAUGGCCUUGAAUCCCGCCACCAUGGCCGCCCUCGGAGGCAACUGUUGGAGGUUUGGAUUAGGAGGAACACCUGGGGGGUACCGGCUGUUCUCUAUCUCGGCCGCCCACAAGCAGAUUCUCGAUGUCGGGGCUCUCCCCGACCGGACCGUCCCCCAUUACCAGCAGACAAAAACUUCGUCGCUGCUCUCGCUACACUGGCCGCAACCGCCCCAGAAUAUUCUACUCAUGCCCAAGCUGCAUGCACCCCGAGUCACAGGUAGAGCCAUCGAGUUUGCGAAGCACAUAUACAACAACUACCCGGGGCUCAACCUCGUCUUCGAGAGCCACAUCGCCAAGGACAUCCACGAGACGCUGCCGUUUCCCAUCUACACAACCGAUCCGAGCGAUGCCCCGACGCUGUUUGCCAAAAAGAUCGACCUGGUCACGACUAUGGGCGGCGAUGGAACAAUCCUGCGCGCGGCGAGCCUGUUCUCCAUGCACAACAGCGUGCCGCCGAUCCUGUCCUUUAGCAUGGGCACCCUCGGCUUCCUGGGCGAGUGGAAGUUCAGCGAAUACAAGCGCGCCUGGAGGGAGUGCUACAUGAGCGGCUGUUCCGUAGCCAUCGAAGACCUCGGCGACCCGCACACCCGCGCAGCCGUAGCAGGCACGCAACCGGGCGACAUAUCAUCCGAUUUCGCCCCCCUCUCCGGCUGGGAUAACGUGCGGGGCAACGGCCAAUGCAUGGGUCUAAGCCGCACCUCCAAGGUCCUCCUCCGGAACCGGCUCCGGGUCGGAAUCUACGACAGCAACGGCCGCAACAUCAACGAGCAGCUCCUGCCCACCUCGACCGCCGAGCCCGACCUCGGGAGCAGCAGCGGUGGCGGCACCAACACGGCGAUGAACCCCCCCUACCUCCACGCCAUCAACGAGGUCUCGAUCGACCGCGGCUCGCACCCGCACCUGGCCAUCAUCGACAUCUACGUCAACUCGCACUUCCUCACCGAGGCCGUGGCCGACGGCAUCCUCAUCAGCACGCCGACGGGGUCGACGGCCUACUCGCUCAGCGCGGGGGGGUCCAUCGUGCACCCGCUGGUCAAGUCGCUGCUCAUCACGCCCAUCAGCCCGCGCAGCCUCAGCUUCCGCCCGCUGGUCCUGCCGCUGCACACGAAAGUGGUGCUGAAGCUGAGCAAGCGCAACCGGGGCCGCGAGCUGCCCGUCAGCAUCGACGGCAAGCGCCGCGUCGCCGUCACCAUCGGCAUGGAGGUCCGCGUCGAAGGGGAGCGCCUCGAGAAGGGCGUCGAGGGCUGGCGCGGCGGCGUCCCGUGUGUGAUCCGCGCGUCGUCGACCAGGGGCGGUGAUCAGGAUGGUAUUGCGGAGGAUGAUGAUUCGUGGGUGGGGGGGCUGAAUGGCCUGCUGAAGUUUAAUUAUCCCUUUGGGGAGCCGGUCGAGGAGCCGUAAAUAUGGUGGUGCUUUGUAUAGCUGGAGAACUUGAUACCCCGAAAUGAAACUUUGUAUACGGAG